AUAUACAAACACAUAUCUAAAGAGACAGAUCUAACAACUGUUUUAGAAUUAAUUUAAUACACGGCGAAUUGUCUUGUAAAUUCAUAACAUGUGACAGUUUCCUCAGUGCACAUAAAACGCUUCGAUUUGGCACAAGUUCUUUUUCCCUUGAAUAAUGUUAUGCCACUUCCACUUUCUUUGACGCACAGGAAACCGUUUUACACGACGUCACGAGACCCUCUGAUUUGUCGUUGCCAGAUAAACGAGCGUCGCAUCGGAUCGCAUAUACCGGUAGCGGAAGCGCAUCGGACCGUAUUCCACUCGUUCUGCGAGGCCGGGCAUCGCAGUACGUAGUGUCCAAGCCGGCUAUGCUACACCACCGCCAAUAAUUCCGCUAUUUCGGGCCGUCUAAUUUGGGCCCGGUGACUCUACGCUUUUAACGGCGGCGUUGAUAGUGAAGCAUCAUCCAGCGCUGUCGGCCACCACCACCGUCGCCAGCAAUAACCACCGGAACGACGAGAGUUCGGUGGUGGCGAGACGGCCGCUCGCUGCAGUCUCCCGAGGGCUUGGACCUCCUACUGCCACCCGACGCUGGUCCUCCGAUCCUUAAAGGCGUCCAGUCGAGGCGGCGUGCUGAAAUGUCGGGAAUAGAAGAUUCGCAGGACGCGUCGGAACAGGAUGACACCAUUCAAGAUGAGACCACGGAAACAGCCGAAGUCAGCCAUGAGGUAGUGGGCACGAUAGAGAAAUCGAACAGCUCGGACAGCUUGUCGGAAAAAUCGUCUACGAAGGGAUCGGAAGCGGAGGGAGAGGAAAUUAAGAAGGAAGGAGAAGAAAUAAAGGAGAAGGAACAAGAAGAAGUUAAGGAGGCAGAAGCGAGAGAGACGCUGAAUCACGAAGAGGAAGAGACGCAAAGGGAAGAAACGUCGGCCUCCGUUGAGCUGGCGACCGUCACGAGAAGCGCGUCGUCGGACGACGGCGUGCCAGUGUCGGGGGUAGCCACGAGGCAGGCAGAAUUACCAGGUGUAGGGGUGCCAUUGGCAACCACCGUCGACGACGGAGACGGAUCACCGCAGCGUCGCGCCAGCGGCGGUGCCAGCGCGGCAGUCGGUGAGUGGAAUUCAUUGCCGGUACUGGUAGAACGUCUGCGCGAGGCGCUUGAGCUGUCUCUGGCAGCGGGUUGCCGGCGAGGCGGUGGCGACGAGCCGACGGCGACGUCGCACGCCGCGCCCGGCGUCGGGACCGACGGGAUCGGCGACCGAUCCUGCGCGCGCCGUUGUAUGGAACAGGCGUUGCUCGGCAUCGACCACGGUUGCGACCACAACGUGCCCGUAUCGAGGAAGGACGAGCUCAAGUUCCUAGAGGAUCUGCUACUGUCGGACAUCCAGACCGCGCUCUCCCGUUUGCGCGAGACGCUCGAGCGCACGGACGUCGCGACGCUCGCGAAACACGGCGGGGUGUCGGAUCCUACGAGCAAGCUACAUCUUCUGCGGCUAGUGUCGAGCCUGCUGUCGCGGCUGCAGGUGCCGGUGGAGGAGAGAGAACCGGUUAGCAACGAGAGCGACAAGACGGUCGACGUCACAACACAGGGCGGCGGCGGCGGCGGCGGUGCACCGCUCGGACGAAGAAAGCGCCCCGUCAGGCACACCAUCGGCGUCUCCGCCGAGGAAAUCGCACGCGCGAGAAGACAAUUGGAGGAGAACAGCACGGACUUGGCGAGAUUGAACGACCAGGUGUUCCCGGUUGAGCGACCCGAACCCCUGUUGCCUGCGACGCGUAAUGCAGCAAGCGACGAGAGGCCGCACGUAGAGGAGAUCCACGAUAAAUAUACGAAGGACGUGAUCAAUCAACGUCAAUCGUUACGCGAUAAGAAUAAGGACACCAGUGUGUAUCGGCCGCUGGUCCCGCCGCAAAUCGAUUACGUGGAUCGGCCGACGGUCGCAUCUAGAACUGUAGAUGAAUCGAAUGCAUAUCAAAUUCGACAACGGGACGGCAUCGAUAGUCACCAGGAGAAGGUGACCGACGACGAGGAAAAGGAAACUGCAAUCAAGAGGCCGAGCGAGGAGCAGAGUCAGGUGGCGAAACUCGCGGUAGCGCUUCGGCAACGCGCGGAGCUGAUAAGCGCCAGCAAGUACAACAACGGCAGCAACAAGUUCGCGGCAAAAAAGUCCAAGAUCAAGCGUGCCAACACCAUCGACAUACCGAGCUACCUGAAGCUACAGUCGGACAGUCUCGGUUACAAUCCCGGUUGCGCAGUGCUACGACGUCCCAUAAACGUAGGCGAUAAGGUAACGGCGAACGCAGCCAAUCUCGUCGUGCCGUCGUUCCAACCCAAGACGGAGAAUGAUAAGAAGUUUCUGGCGCUGAUCAAUCGGAAUAACGAAACGAAGCAGGUGUACAACGCCGCGCCCGCCUUUGUCAAAUCGUCCGGCUACACCAAGGCGACGGACAUGGCGCAGCCAAAUGAGAACUGGAACAGCCGGUUUUCGAACAUCAAGACUGCCUUCGAUAAGUCCUCGUCCGCAACAAACGAUAUCGACAAGUUGUCACCGAGGCUGCAAAACGUCGCGAAGCGCUUCCUGGAUACGCCACCAGCGUCUCCUCAGAUUCCGGUGAACAAGAAGACGUCAACAGGUGUUAACGCGGCACACAAUAUCCCGUUUGUAAAUGCAAACGCAAACGCAAAUGUGUCCCAACCGGAUCCGGGUUUCAGGCACGCACCUUCGUCAUUGUUUCGAAAGAUCGAGAAGCCGCAUACACCAAAGUCCCCGUCUAGCCAUUGGCAGAAGGAUAACGCACCAUCAUCUGGAAAUUCCUUACGCGAGAAAGCUAAAAUGUUCGACCGAGAUAGCAAUAAAUCCCAACCGUUCAAUGUGAACGAAAACAAUCAGAAAUCUGCUUUUCCCCGACCACCGUGGAUCGAGCACGAUAGAAACGAAGGCAAAUCAAACAAGAUGGUCACCGAGAACGGACGGCUCGAUUACCGGCAGUUUUGUAAGCAGUUUGCACCUUUUAUUGGUAAAAACGUCGCUCCGGAAGCCAAGAGUAUCACGGAUUCUCGCAAGCGUAACGAAAACUCAAACGCUCAUCGCAAGAACUCAACGCCAUUGAACGAAAAGAUUGGCGUGAUAGACGGGAAGAUUUCCUUUAGGAUGUUCCCCGAGAAAGGACCACCAGAACAGUAUCGUCUGAGUGAGUCGCGUCGCACGGGACCUGUUCGAGAUAAAUUUGGUCUCCAUAAGGAGAAGAAUAUUUUCGAACCUCUAAUCACGGUGCGUAAUGAUAAAGAUUCGUUUGGAACUUCAUUCGCGGGAAACGCAUCGAUCGAUGCGAUGCUCAAAGGUAGCUCGUCCGUGGCUGUACAGACUGGUAUCAAUGACGACUGUCAUCCUGAAGAAGCACGAGUGUUUCAAGUGACUCCUAGAGUCGCAAAAAAGCCGUCUUCAUACAAUAAUGUGUCCGUUCAAACCCACAAUGAGCCGAACGUAGAAGUCAAAGAACAAUGGACACCUCCUCAAUAUAACAACAUCGUUCCGAUAUCAGAUUUGAAUCAUCAUCCCUCCGAAGAUCUGAGCCAUUUCGUUCUGGAUCACAAUCGAAAUUAUCAUCCCGUAACAGCCGAUGUCGCUUUGAGAAAUGAAGCUUUGCCCUUAGCAAACAAGAAUGCAUGCGAUCUUGUCGAGAAGGACACUGUUUGCGUACCGUAUUUGACGGAAGAGGUUCCUUUCCAAGCGAUUUCCAGCCAUCAGUCACCGGAACCAGUCUUCCAAACGAGUCCGCGAUGUGAAAAUUAUUUCUCGCCUAAAUCAAUGAUUGAUAAUCGAUCGCAAACGUAUCCAACUUAUAUCCCGUACGAUAAACCUAAUAAAAAUCCGUUCGAAUAUCAGAUGCCAAGCGUCUCUCAUGAAAUUGGCAAGCAAGAUCCUUUACGUAUAAACAACGGUGCCUUGCCAGAGGAACAGAAUAUCCAAAAUCAGGACAUCAGCGCGGACACCGGCGUCGUUACACGAUACACUUGUGCGAUCGCAACUGUCGCAUCUGCGGACGUUCCAGCGCUGCAAGUAAACGAAGCCAGACCAGAAUCUGGAACAUCGCCAAUUUUAUCACCCUCCUCUUUAUCACCCUCACAGUUCUGGCUACAUCCCAAAUUGACUGAUAGCGAGACAAUGACAGCCGAGGAUGAAAUACGUCGACACAACAUGCUACAGCAAAAUUUGAUUCGUCAGCUGCAGAAUGAACGAACAAUUCUGAAUGAUCUUCAUGUCAAUCAGUCUGGUAACUUUAAUCAGCCUGACAAUUUUCAUCAAUCUAAUUUUAGUCAACCUUUAAAAUCCCAAUCGCCCGAAACAUCGAGGAGACUGGAGCCACCAAAGAAAAUGGAACCAUCGAGAAAGUUAGAGCCACCAACGGUCGUUACUGGUUUGCUGUCAGUAGUACCUUCCGGAUUCGAAGCGAAGAAUCGGAUCACUGCUCUCAGAGAACAGUACGAACAACCGAGAGGCCAAUCGAAACCCAUUCGCAAGGAACGCUCGCCAAUCUCGAACGACGCAAGCGGCGCGAUGGAUUCCAGCGAUGAGUAUCUUGUAUCCUGCACCAACAAACCAUCCAGAUCUAUCGUCUUGUCGAAGUCCGAGUCAUGGCAUCAGUUGGCACUCUCGAAGGGCCAUCAUAGUUCGUCACGUGCGGUACAAGGUAACUUACCGCCGCAAUCUUUUGGUAACACCGGGUCUUAUCUUCCGAAACCGCCCAAGCCAAAAUCACCAUCAUCAUUCAAAAUGAAGAAACAGUACGAGGCGUCCACGGAUAGUGUAAAAAAGAUGGAGGAUAAGAUACGCAGAUACUUUGACAAUUCGGCAAACGACAGCGUCGCGGAGUCGAAGGAUAUUAAAGGUAGACGUUUCUCAUCGCGCGACUCAGUGAAAAAGGGUCUUGUCAGUCUAUCUAGGAGUCGCACUAUGCCGGGGAUAUGCGACGAAGGUCUGCACCUGACGAUCCCGACGGAGUCACAGAUUCCUGUAAUGAACCUUAAUAGUGCCGAUGUGGAUAAGGUGUUUGAUGACAUCUUCGAGGAGGCCACCAAAACCGAUAAUCUUCGUUUUUGAUUGAUUGAUCUUCAUUGUAUCGUAAAAGGUCGGUGCAGUACACUUUGAGGAUUUGGUGACAGUAAAAGUGACGUUUGUUUGAGAUUUUGGCGAGUACUCUUUGUGCGAUAGCAAUACUUUGUGCCAUGUUGGACAUCGUGAUAAAGGUACAAUUCUAUGGUUAGCGCUGGUCUCGCUACGGACAUGCUACGUAAUUGACCGACAAGGUACAUAGACAAACUGUAAUUUUGCCUACUCGUAUAGCCUGCCGCAGACAAUCGUCAUCCAAAACCAUAUUGUCGCGCAUAUAACCAGUUAAUUCUAAUCAGACUGUUUACGUUAAAAAUUUGCAUACGAUUAUUGUUGGUUACUUGUUUUUAUAAAACUGUUUCUGUAACAUUAACAGCUAAGGUUUCAAGAUUAACUGAAAUUUAACUGUUAAUCUACUUUCCUCCGAGUGAUUAGUUUUCAAUGGGAACGGCUUUGUUCAGAAAAAUGAAUCCAGUAUUAUCUAGUUGUAUUUUAUGCAAAAUGCAGCGUGUUUUAGUAAAAUCUAUGACUUAAUCAUCUUUCAUGGAAUUAAAAGGAAACUAAAGACAGUCACGUUAAUAAUACCUGGCUCUAAUUUGUUGUAAUUUCCGAGUGAUAUUUUCGUGAUCGCUGAGGUCGUCUUAUAAUUAUAGUUUGUAUUGAAGCUCUUUUUAUAUUAGCUUACAAUAUUACAAAAGUAAAUCUAACAAAUCUGAUUAGAAGUCGCAUCUCUGAGAAACGAAGACGUUUCGCGACGCCGUUCCCGACAUGACUGUAUGGCUCUCUGCGAAAGCAGCAUAUUUCGCGCAAUGAUGGCGGAAUUGACGCUGAUACAUGGUCUUCGUCCAUUACGAGACGAGUAGUGCAGAUCGAUUCAACGACCAUCGUCACCGCCGGUGCCCAGCGUCCCAUCACUCUUUGUUUUCUUCACUGAAGAUCGCCUUCUGGCACACGUGCAAGAGAAAAGUCGAGCAACGUGCGGAGCCACUGUGCGAAAAUCCGCUGUAAUCAGCAAGAAAUGGAGAACAUCGCGCAACGCAUCGGUUAUUCCGCCGUUAUUCCGCUCGAUGCGCAUUACUUAGCUACGAGUCGCAAAAUUCGCAUAUGAAACAGUCACUCGUUUCGGCACACGCGCGAAUCUCGUGGCUCGUGGUUCUUCUUUUUCUUCUUUUCUUCUUCUUGUUCUUCUUUUCUUCUUCUUCUCUCUCUCUCUCUCUCUCUCUCUCUCUCUCUCUCUCUCUCUCUCUCUCUCUCUCUCUCGCUAUCUAUCUAUCUAUUUAUCAAUAUCUAUAAUAUCUAUCUAUCUUCUUUCUUUUCAUUCUCAACCUUUUCUAUCAACUUUUCUCUCAACACAUUUUUGUCUUCUUUUUUUUUUAUUCAAAUCCAAGUCGCGAGCGCGACGCGCACGUUCUCGCGGACGGAGUCGCUAAGAGGACCAUACCAAUCCCCGAAUAAA